UGUGCUCUUAUGAGAAAGUCAUUCGGAGGAGCCCCUUCAUGGUGGACGGCUGCUGUAGAAAAGGAUCACGCAACGCCCUGCAGGAGCUCUACAACCCCACACAGCCGGAGUUGUCGGGAGCAGCAGUCCUCCACCAGGCCAGGAGGGAUCAGGUCGUGGACGCCUGUCGAGUCUACAGUGCAUCUAGCCGCAAGCGGAGAGUCCUGACACCAGGGGACCUCAAGCACCUUGUAGUGGAUGAGGACCAUGAGCUCAUCUACUGCUACGUCCCCAAGGUGGCGUGCACCAACUGGAAACGAGUCAUGAUGGUGCUCACAGGCCGUGGAAAAUACAGUGACCCGAUGGAGAUCCCCUCCAAUGAAGCCCACGUUCCCUCCAACCUGAAGACUCUGAACCAGUACAGCAUCGCAGAGAUCAAUCACCGCCUCAAGAACUACCUCAAGUUCCUAUUCGUCCGUGAGCCCUUCGAGAGGCUGGUCUCUGCGUACCGCAACAAGUUCACCCUCAAGUACAACUCAUCCUUCCACAAGCGUUUCGGCACCCGCAUCAUCCGGCGCUACCGCAAGAACGCCACGCAGGAAGCCUUGAUCAACGGUGCUGAUGUCAAGUUCAAGGAGUUUGCUGAGUACCUGGUCGACCCAGCCACGCAGCGUGACGGCCCGCUCAACGAGCACUGGCAGACGGUGUACCAGCUCUGUCACCCGUGCCACAUCCACUAUGACCUCGUAGGGAAGUACGAGACACUGGAGGAGGAUGCAAACUACGUCCUGCGGCUCGUGGGUGUCGGCGACUCCUUGCGGUUCCCCAGCUACGCCAAGUCGACUCGUACCACGGACGCCAUGACAGCCCAGUUCUUCAGCAAUAUCAGCAUUCAGCAGCAGAUCCAGCUCUACCAGCUUUACAAGUUGGACUUCCUCAUGUUUAACUACUCCACACCCAGCUACCUCCGGCUGGACUAAGGGAGGACAGAGCUGGGACUCUGAGAACGGAUGCCUUGUUUGAGAGGAGGCAGAAAAAGAGUGAAGGGCGAAUCAUUUUGGAAGCUAACUUGAUUUAAAAACUGUUGUCGUACCUUGUGGGCUCGGGGUCCGGUUUAGACUUAAAAACAGGUGCUGAAAGAAAGAAUGGUGAUGCGUGCUUAGCUCAAACGGGAGAGUGUCCAAUCAACUCUGGGGGAUUCGGGACACUGUUUGGAUUUGAAUGUGGGCUAAAUGAACCAAACGCAUGCAAAGACUUGAAUGUUUGGGUGAAGCAGGUCUUCAAGGUGUUUUAAAACAUAUCCUCAGAGGACAGACUUACAGAGAGAUUCUCCUAACCAUGUAUCCUACAUGUUUAAACAAACUGCUGACAAAUUAGGCCGCUUCUGAUUCUACAAAGCAAACAGCGGCCUCGCACGCGCUCUGACCCCAAUGCAUCGUGGGAGCUAAGCUUAUCUCCCCUCCCCCUGAUCAAUAGAGAAACUCCGUCAAAUUGUAAAACACGAGUCAUGUCCUCUGCUGCGCUGUCAGCGUGGUGUGUUAACGCCCAUCACCCUUGCCCUCAUUAGAUUCAUGUAUUUCAGAGGGAAGCUGGCUCAUCACCACCUCAAGGACGCCCUGUAAUGGAUGGCUACUGACUUCACUCUUAAGACCUCGACAAAUGUAGGUGUGGCAACACGGCACAACGCCAACGGUUUAAGGAAACACGUCGUCACAGGUCUCUGUCUAUGGAUUUAGGUGAAGGGGCCACUUGUGCUGGAGCCUGAGGACCCUGUGACUUCUGUGGCUGCUGUAAAGUGCAGAAGAGCUUAAUAAAUCUUUGCCUGUAACACCAAGCAUCCUUAACACGUAGAGCUAAAGGACGGUGCAGGCUGCUCUCGUGUAACGGGCACACCAAGCUGCAAGUGACACGUCAGUGCAGAAAGUCUGAGCUGGAAGAAAAGAGACUCAGAGCCUGUGUGGCUGUGAAAGGGUUAAAGGCACUGGAUCUCAUAACCCCGCCCUGCUGUAACCCACGAGCUCUGCCCAGGGGGCUCAGUGGACUCUCCCAGGGCCUUGCCCACGAACAAAGACCCUUCUCUUAUGACCAAACAUGUCUUUCAGUAAAUUAAGAAUAUCCUUUGUCUUUAUGCUUAUUUUUAUUGUCUUAUGAAGCAUUGCUGCGAGCAGCAAUAACAAGAUUAUUUAAUUUGCUUUGUUGAUUAAAGAGAGAAAGGUUGAAGUUGUGUUUCCUGGGCUGAUGAACAUUUUAGGACUUUUUUAAAGCUGAACUGUUGUUACUAGUUCUUUUGUCAUUUCUUCUCCUUUCCUCCUGACCGGUACUUUAUUUUAAUUUCAAGAAUGUGUGUGUUCGCCACAUUUCAGCACACUGCUUUGUCCUUCUGUGUCUGAAAUCAGCAGUUUUAUGAGUUCAUUAACAUUUCCUGUUGUCAAAUAUUUGAUGCCAAUCGUCCGUGAGAGUGCCAGAGACCCACGCUGAGUGUUCAGUCCACAUCAUUACCCUCGUCUCCCCGACCAUAGCCUGAGAAGAAGCGGCUGCUCUCAGUGCUCAUAUCUGCUGCCCACAUCACAGAAUCAGAGACUGUAUCUCAUACUUUAAUGUGAUUAAUGCCAGCGAUGCUAAGCAAUGUCAAGGUUAAUAACUGCACUCUCCAUCACGCUGUGAAUUAGAUUACCGGCUGUUGUGUAAGCGUUGCAGAGACGGAGGGAGAAAAGGGGGUAGUUUGAGUUUUCAAAUCUACAUUUUUCAAAGUAAAGGAGACUUUUGAGGGAAGGAAGCAGCUUUUUGUUGCACUUAAAUUAGAUUACUUUUUACCUCUGUGUUUAACAAAGUCCUGAUGAAUUCAAGGAUAUUAUUCAUGUAGCUUUGACCAUCAUUCCUGCAAACGUUUGACUCACCAGGUUUGAUAAAAAAGACUCCCUGAAACUACCUGACAUUGCUGGUAAAGAAUGGAGGUGAUAUUUAAUUUGCUGCACCACCAUAUGAUAUCAUGCAUCAACAAAAGCAUCACAGCUGACACAGUAAAGGUGCCUGCAAAAUGAAGUAAUCAGACCAUCAUUUUUACAUUAAUAAGGCAGAAAAGCAUUCAGUUCUAGCAUGUCAGUAACCUGCAGGAGAUCCAAAGACACAGCCCUGUGUGGGGUUUCCCAUUGUGUUGAUUUGUCCCCUGACUUAUUUAGAAAAUAAAGACACAUGCAUCACUAAAUCACAACCUUAAAUGUACCCCCUCUUACCCAAAGACUUUCAGGACAAGGUCUAGCUCUAUAUGAAUCUCUGAGAAGGAUAAAAUAAUAGGUAUUCUGGAAUGAUGGAUGAUCUCGGUCCUGAUCUGAGCCCCUGUCAAGCUAAGGUCCUCUCUUCAGCCUACAAUCUGUCUCUGAAGGCUUUGCAAUCUUUGUAAUAACACCCAGUGUGACAGUUUGUCUCUGAGAACCUGCAAUCCAGAUAAGAAGAGUCCAAGAAAACAAACAACACAAAAAAGAAAUCAACAGGAAAUCCUCCACAGAGCGACGGAGGAGGUUUUCAGCUUAGAUAUGCCGUGCACACGCUGUUUUGAAUUAAAGAUGCAGAGCAGUGACCAUUAAAACCACAAGAAGUUCCUCAAUUACUAUUUUAUUUCAAUAAAUUUCAAUAAAUUAUCAUAUCAAAUGUCAUAAAUUCAGUCUGAGAAGUUAAAUAGUCUGAAGAUAUUUGCAUUUCAUAAGCUGCCGCUGCGCUCACAUGAUGCAUCCUCUUAAAUCAGUUAAUCUAUCACCUUAAUCCUGCUGUCAUGUAAUAUCACUGCUUGGUAAUGUGUGAUAAAAGACCAGCAGCUCUUUCUUUUUUACCUGGAGGAUGCUGAGAAGGUUUAUCCAGCCUGUUGAGUUGUUUUUACAAAUCUAGAAGCUCUCCUUUGGUCAAUUACGGACCAACAAAGCGGUAUGUGAACAUCUGUGUUUAAGUGGAUUAAGUUUCUUGAGACUUAGAGACAGGGUUUGUCAGGCUCUGCUUCUUUAUUUUUUUAAGUGUCCAGUGUGAGCUCUUUAACCUACACCAUGAGCUGGAGUCUAACAUUUAAAGUCAUUUUGCAAAGCUUGUUAGCAGAAGCAGCAGAUGUCUAAGAAUAAGAAGAUCUUUCUCUCUUCCAGUUAGAUAAACCUCUCUGUACUGUAUAGUGUAUCCGCAGCUCCAGGUCAGUUCAUUUGACAGCUGUGUGUGGUGCUGACCCCGUGUCUUUCAAAAGAAGCUGGUGAGUUAAAUGUCAGCAUAACGGAUAGGCGUGAUGACCGAUCUGAGCUUAUAAUAGACGUAGGAAACAUUCUGGAGGAUGUUUGAGCAGAAAACCGCUUCAUGUACCUUUUGAAGUGUUAUUAGUGUAUACAUGUGUGUGCACAUGUCUGUGUGUGGGUUAUAAUGAGAGAACAGACGUAUUUUUCUGCACCACACACACAUCUGGCUCUAAUAAAGGAGCAAAGCUCCUGGCCCGGUCUGUGGCCCCGACCAUCCUCCUCCUGCAGGAACAAUGGUUGUAUUCUCAGCAUGGCCUCCUCCUGGGAGAGUCGCACAAAAAUACACAGAAAGCCAGCUCACACAUUAGCACUCCUGCUGAUGUUGAUGCCACGCAGCAUCUUACUCAGCAGCUGUAAGCAGAGCUUUGGGCGAGCAGAGCCUCUCCACUUAAACACACCAACUGAGCCUCAACUUAAACUGCUCAUUUAAACCCAGAAUGGAAGAAAUACGAUACACAAAGGACCUCUUAGCCUGCAAACAAGCCAUUACUGAGGCCUCUUCUCUCCUCACUCUGCUCCCACCUCUCCCACCUCGCUCCUAAAAGUGGCCUCCUGUACAAAAAAAACCGCAGCAAGUCCGUGUUCAUGAUCCCUGCCGUCCCUCCAGGAAAGGGCUGACUGCUUAAGCAAACAGAGCAGCUAAAAUGUCUCCACCGGGAAACAUGGAGCACAAGAGCCGGUAGACUUUCUGCCUCUGAUGAAAACAAACAACAGCAUUUUUAGGAGCUUUGUCCUGGUCUUAACUCCUCAGCCUGUAAAUAACUGGCCUGUUUACUGCCCGGCUGUCUCAGACUGCAGGAGAGUGUGUUUAAGCAGAGACGCUGGUUAUAUUUAUGUUGUUUGAACGAUGUCUAUUUUUAGACUGAUUUACAUAUUUAGCUGAGGACAGGCAGGUUUUUAAACAGACCUGUUUGAUCUGAAGGAGGAUAGGAUGCUAUGAUCUCUGUUUUUUAUUUUGUUAUUUAUGCACACAUCUCCGAGACCCUACAGUCAAACAGAGAGGCACAAAAGGAACAUGUUGUUAUAAAGUGAAAGGAGUAGUUUGAUUAUUUGGGAAUAAAGCUUAUUUAUUAUGGAGCUAAAGCUUGUAGCUGUUUAACUUAGUUUUGGCACAAACCCUGGAAGCAGAGUUACCUUAGCUCUGUCCUGAGUCAGGAGGAAGAGUCUACAGUCAUGCUUGUUGGAGCCUGUGGAUAUGCAUCAAGACAAGUGAUCAGAGAAGCUGCCCUCUCCUUGCUCAACGGCACCUUAGCAGUGCUUAGGAGGGGAACUGACACCUCUUCAGCUACCAGCCCAAUUUCCAGACUUAGUCUUUAGUGGGACGUGGACUGGCAACUCUUCCAUUCCCAAUCCAAGUCUCCACCAUGGACUUAAUAAAUCAUGGAUGCAACUUUUCUAAGUUCACCUAUUGGUUUCUGAAGAGGUGUUAUGAAGUCCAACAAUGGUGGUCACCAUAUUGGAAAUCCUGACUCAACAUAACUCAAUCAAUCUUGACACAGGCAAAGAGGUGGGCCAAGAGCCUGCAUGCAAACAGCUACAACACUCCCACCUGUCAGUCAAACCCAAACUUAUUAGGCGAGUUAAUGCAAAACUCUGAGCCCUGAUGAUUAAAACAUGAGUUGCAAAACAAUUCACUCCUUGCACCGGUUUGAGGAACACAGAAAUAAGCAACCGAGGCUGCAAACAUGUUUAUUUAUGCUGUCAAAAUGUGCUCCACUGGGGAUUCCUCGGCUUUGAGGGAGCCUCAAGUGGACACUCAAGGAACUGCAGUUUUUGCACCUCUGUUUUCUAAGGUUGUCACUUUGCCUCAGAGAUACUACUGCUCUUCUAUGUUUGUAAACCCACUAAUUAGCAUGCUAAAGUAUUCAGAAUUACUGAUCUGCUGAUUAAUAGCAGGUGAAAUGUUAACCAUGUUGCUUACAUUUGCUGAUUAGCCAUGAUAACAAAUUUCAUCACCAUAAAGAAAAUUCAAUUUUAGUCAAAUAGGAUAUUAAAGUGAACAAGUUAGCAUCUUUCCCUGUUUGUAGUCUUCAUUCUAAGCUAGGCUGACUGAAUGUCUGCUUGCUAUCGCUUCUCGAGUGUGGUAUCGAUUGAAAGCUGUAUUCCCCAGAAUCAAACUACUCUUCUAAAGGUAGCUCAUGUUUUUGAAUAAAAUCGAUCAAAGGUU